AUCACAAUGUGAUUUGUUUGUGACUGACUUGCUGAUUAGGGUUUUCCCGCACGCGUCCUCGGUCUGGGACACAGCCUAAAUUGGUCGUCUGCGGUCGUCUUCCCCUUCGACAGCUUCCUCCUUCUCGCUGCUGCUGCUGCUGGUCGACAUGGCUCUCAAGACCUACAAUCCCUACGUGGUCGCUCUGGCGGCCACAAUCGGCGGCAUGCUCUUCGGGUUCGACGUCUCCUCGGUCUCGGCCUUCGUCAACAACGAGACCUAUCGCGCCUAUUUCAAUUACCCGAACGAUAUCGUCCAGGGCGCGAUUACUUCUGCAAUGGCAGGAGGCUCGUUCUUUGGCUCGCUAUCGUCUGGCCGUCUUUCUGACUCGCUCGGUCGGAAAUAUGCCGUCCAGAUUGGCGCCGUCAUCUGGAUCCUUGGAUCCCUAAUACAGAGUGCCGUUCGUACUUCAUUCCAGCUCAUUUUGGGAAGAUUCAUUUCAGGAGUUGCCAUCGGUAUCUGCUCAUCCCAGGUCCCCGUUUACAUUGCGGAGCUAAGUCCCAAGCGGAUUCGGGGUCGUCUCGUGGGCACGUUCCAGUGGGCUAUUACCUGGGGUGUUUUGAUUAUGUUUCUUGUGGGCUACGCGUGCUCUUUCCUUGAAGGACCCAAAAGCUUCCGGAUCGCCUGGGGUUUCCAGGUCGUCCCAGGUGCCAUUCUUCUCAUUUCGCUUUUCUUCUUUCCCGAGUCGCCGCGCUGGCUUGCGACCCGUGACCGAUGGGAAGAAGCAACCAAUGUUAUUGCCCAUAUUCAAGGUGGUGGGGACCCAGAGCACCCGGACGUUCUGGUCGAGAUGCAGGAAAUCCGAGAGGUUGUGCGGAUCAACCGUCUGUCUGCAGAUGUUACUGUCAAAGAUCUGUUUGCUCCCGGAUCACGAUUGCGUACGUUUGUGGGGUUUUCUGCUCAGAUGUGGCAGCAGUUGACUGGUAUCAACGUCAUGAUGUACUAUGUCGUCUACACGUUUGCUAUGGCGGGCUAUGAAGGCAAUACCGAUCUCAUCGCGUCCUCUGUUCAGUAUGCAAUCAACGUCAUGAUGACCAUCCCCGCCUUGCUUUUCAUCGAUAAUUGGGGUCGUCGUCCUCUACUGCUGACUGGAUCUACCUUCAUGGCUCUCUGGCUCUUCUGCGUUGCAUUCACUAUGGGUCAUUUUGGUCACUACGUCGACUCGCUGAACGGAAACGCAGAAAUUAGAUGGACCGUGCCGAAUCGCGUUGCUGCAAAGGCUAUCAUUCUCUUCAACUAUCUCUUCGUAGGCACGUUUGCUCCUACCUAUGGCCCCGGCACAUGGAUCUACGUCUCUGAAAUCUUCCCGCUCAAGCAGCGCGCUAUCGCCAACGGUAUGUGCUCUGCCGUCAACUGGACUUUCAACUUCCUGCUCGCAUUCCUGGUUCCGCUAGGAUUCAAGCACAUCCAGUACCGCACCUAUCUCAUCUUUUGCGUGUUUUGCGUCUGCAUGACGAUCCACGUGUACCUCAUGUUCCCCGAGACCAAGGGCAAGACGCUUGAGGAAAUCGACCUGAUCUGGGACGAGCACAUUCCUCCCUGGAAGUCCGCAAAGAUCGAUAUCAACGAGCUGGCGGCACACAACGAUCGCGAGAGACUGAUCGACAACGAGUCCCCCCUGGCUCCUACCGAGCUCGGCCAGAUGUCUGACAGACUCUACCCCGCCGACUCGGCUGCUUAUCCCGGCAGCAGUGCACUUAGCACAACAAGUUACGACACCGACGCCGUCAAUUUCGGUGAUGAAGAGGCUCACAACUUGCUUGGCCAAUCUCAUCCUCUCGCGACGGUUGACUCUAAUAAAUCUAAAUUGGUUUGAGCAAAGUCUGGACUUUAGUAUUUAGAUAUUAUUGCGAGAUUAUUGCACAUUCGAGGCGCAUGGUUAUAGAUAUGCACGACAGCAGUUCUUUUUUCUAUUUCAAUUUCAGCAUUGCUGAAAAGUACUGCUUUGGAGCUUUGGGGUUUAUUCUACAUUUUGUUUACAUUUUCAGUUAUUUUGGGAGGGGCUGCAUCGUCAUAGACCUGUA